AUGUGGGAUUCUACUCCUCCUCGCACUCCUCUGGAGGUCACCUUCGAGGACAACGACUCCGAGCCUGGCACUAUUACACCUGACUACGAUGCCAUGUGCCCUGUCGUUGCUCGCCUCGAGAAGCUUGCUGUUGCUCACGAGGAUGAGAUCAUUGAGGACUCCACUACUUCCAAGUACGAGCCUUCUCUCGAGAGCAACACUUCUGUCGGGGAUGAUUCUCCUCCCGAGUCACCCAUCGAGGCUUUCCUCCCCCGACCUGACAUUCCCCAUCAAAGCCACUGCCCUUUGAACCCCGAGGGAAAGAUAAUUGUUCGAAAUGGCCAGGCUUACACAAGCGACGAGAUCAAGUUGAUGUAUCUGUCGGUCGCUGAAGCCCGACACAACGGAGAGCUUCCUGCCACCACAGAGACUUCUCUCGAUGUUCACGCUGUCACAGACGACUUCAACUCGCUCGUUCAUCUUCGACGUGUUCGUGGUAACCAUCUUGAGCAUGCCCCCCCUUCGUAUGUCCACCUCCGAGAGCAAAUUGCCUUGGGUAUCCAACAGCGUGCCGCCUCUCAGCACCGCGAUAACCAGCAAGAAGCCGCUCGUCGUGUCAACCACUACCUUCAGGCUGUUGAGAAUGAGCAACACUACUACAACGCUUCUAACGCCAUGGUUCGUCGACCCACUGAGCAUGAUCUCAUCAACGUUGACGAUGACAUGUGCUCCAUGGUCGAGCACACUAUUGAGCAGGGCAUUGCUGACGCUACCGGGCCUCUUCGCAUGAAUGUUGGUAGAUUCUCUGCCAAUGUCAAACAGCACACUGGUCUUCUCAAGCAGCAGAGCGAGUUAUUCAAAGCUCACGAGUAUGCUGUUGAGAAGCAAGUGCUUCUCGCUGCGAAACAGAAGUCACUGGCCCAGCGCCUCGGUGCCACUCUUCAGCAAAAUGCCGGCAUUCUCCAGCAGCAGGGCAACCUCGCCCAGCAUCAUGCAGGCAUGCUUCGACACCAGAGUAGUCUCAUCCAGCGACAAGACAACCUCACGCAGCAUCAGGCUGGUAUCCUUCAGCACCAGAGUCACAUUGUCCAGCAACAAGACCAUACUCUUCAGAAGCAGUAUGACCUUCUCCAGAACCAAUCCUUCUCUCUUCGCAAGGAAAGUCGUUUCUUCAAGAAGCAAAACGACGCUCUCGAGAAGCAGAACCAAGCCGUGCGAGAUCAGCUCAAGGUCCAGCAUGACCACAUUGCUCGCAUGCAAGACCUUCUUGAGCCUCAGGCCUACAACAACUACGCCACUGCCCAGAACCUCGCAAGCGCCAACCAGCUUGUCAGCAACCUCUCGUACGAGCUCCCUCAAGUCAUCAAGAAGGCCUUCGAGGACUCCAUUGAGGAGACUGCUCGGAUGCACGCCCGCCAGGCUCUCGAGUCUGCUGUUGAUAUCUGGCAGCAAGGUGUUCCCUACGGCAUGUCUGAGAACGAGAGCGUGUCCUCAAGCGACAUGACCGUCGACGCCGACGACAAGCCCGAACUCAACACCCAGAUUUGGGCCGCUUACAAGAAGCCCGAGAAGAAGAAGGCUACCACUGACGCCGAGUUCCCUGAGCGAAGUGAGCGAUCCUCGCUCUACCGCAUGGUCAGCAAGUUCAAGCGCCGCCGCAUUGCGCACAACUAG